CUGUCCCGUUUUUCCGGCCCCAGUUCAACUCCCCCUAACAGCAUCAACAGGACGAACAAACGAACUGUCCCCUCACUAAUACAGGAACAAAAAGACCAAACGCAAAGAGUCAAUAUAAUCAUGACCAUCUCCAUCCUCGUCACCGGCGCCACAGGCAAACAAGGCGGCGGCGUCGUCAACGCCCUCCUCGCCGAAGACUCCACCACCGACGUCGAGAUCCUCGCCGUCACACGCAACCCGGACUCGGCGUCCGCGCAGAAGCUCGCGGCAAAGUCGCCCAAGAUCAAGCUCGUCAAGGGCGACCUCGACGAGCCGAAUGCGCUGCUCGAUACCGCGAAGGAGGUUUCCUCCACGGGAGCCGUGUGGGGGGUGUUUAGCGUGCAGCCCUCCGCAGCCGAAGGCGCCAGCCUCGAAAACGAAGUCACCCAAGGCAAAGGCCUAAUCGACGCAUCAAUCACCCACAACGUGACGCACUUCGUCUACAGCUCCGUCGACCGCGGCGGCGAGACCGCCUCCGCCGAAAACGCGACCAACGUCCCGCACUUCAUCACCAAGCACCGCAUCGAGCAGUACCUGUUCGAGCGGACGAGCAGCCUCGGCGUGAACAUGAGCUGGACGGUCUUGCGCACGGUCUUUUUCUUCGACAACCUGGUGCCGAACUUCUUCGGCAAGGUGUGCGCGACGGCGUGGGACGCGUACCUGCAGGGCCGGCCGCUGCAGGCGAUUGCGGUGAGCGACAUCGGGGUGUUUGCUGCGAAGGCGUUCCUGCAGUAUCAUGAUCCGCGGUUUAGGAAUCAGUGCCUUUCGCUGGCUGGGGAUGAGUUGACGUUUGAGGGGAUGCAGGCUGUGUUUCAGGAGAAGACGGGGGGGCCGAUGCCGACGACGUAUUCGGUUUUGAUGUACUUUGUUAUGUGGAUGGUGGGGGAUUUGAGAACUAUGUUUGUUUGGUUCUAUGAGCAUGGGUUUAAGAUUGAUUUUGCUAAGUUGAGGGCUAUCCAUCCUGGGUUGAAGGAUUUGGGGACGUGGCUUGAGGAGGAGAGUGAGUUUGUCACGAAGAAGUAAGUGUCAUAACUAAUGGUUGCAUCUGUUAAAUGAGGGUUGUUCUGGAGAGUUGUAUGUACGUACUGAUAAAUGCCUCGUGAACAAAUUGCAUGUCUUUACUACACCGCGGCUGAAACAG